AUGGCGGAUUUCCUGUUAGAAAACAGAACGUCCGAACAGAUGAGAUCCACGGCGCCGUUGAUCAGCUUAGCCUUGAUGCACACAAUCGAGACGAUAUUCCUGGUAGUUCUCAGCAGCUGCGUCUGUCUGUUCGGCCUAUUCAGUAACCUUGUGAACCUUGUCAUUUUCUGGAAGCACGGCUUUCGCGAGAGCAUCACUGUCGGCCUGAUGGGGCUGGCCGUCUCCGAUACCUGCACAAUCCUCUGCGGCGCUGUCCUGGCCGUGUGCUUCAACCCUCUGAUUCCCUUCUCGGAGAUCGGAGUCAACAUCCGGGCCGUACAGAAUCUCGUGGGGUCUCGUCCUCGCGUGUGUUUCGCGCGCGCUACGGCGCUCAUCACUAUGUACAUCACGCUAGAGAGAUGUCUGUGCGUGGCUUUGCCUCUACGCGUGAAGACAAUCCUGACGCCCGCGCGGACACUCGCUGUGGUCGUGUCCAUCUUCGCCUCGGUCCUCCUCAUCUACAGCCCCAUCUGGGCGGCCUACAGACUUGAGUGGACGUUUUCUCCUUCCCAAAAUGCCUCGGAACUUACGCUAGUGUCCGCGCCAAACGCCGAGGAGCUGGAAGGUUUCAGCUUCGUCAUCACUGUGUGUGUACAGCUGACGUGUUUCACCGUUCUGGUGACGCUCACUUCCGUCCUGGUGAUUCUGUUGAAAAGGAGGUCACAAUGGCGCGCGCAGGUCACCCGAUCCACAGCCGGGUCAUCGCACAGAAAGGUCAUGUCUCGCCAGGAGCAGAACGCGAUCAAACUGACCAUCAUGGUGGCUGCUAUACUCAUCUGUUCCCUUCUGCCUGGCACCAUGCUUCUGUUCACCACUUUCCUAGAGCCGGAGUUUAAUCUAGGUCGACGGUAUGAGAAUCUGUUCUUUAGUAUCUGGCCCAUCGUUUCCUUCAGUGAAGUUUCCAACGCCAGCGCCAACAUCUUCGUCUACUACCACAUGAACAGCAAGUACAGAAACACCUUCCGGGACCUGUUUUGUCGGGAGAGAGACAACAGGGUCAAGGUCACCCGUUUGACAGUUGCUGAUGGGUCGGGAUCUGUGGACUGA